CUCCAUUUUUUCUCUAUGGGUUUCGUGAACGGAGCAGAAGACGUGAGAAAACCCUAACCCUAACCCACCAACAAAUUCCUCUAAGUUUCAUUCAUUUUGGCCUGUAAUCUAUCCUUGUAUGUUGCAAAAACCAAAAGAACGGGCGGUGGUUUGAGAAACCUAUUUGAGCUGUGGGCAUUGAAAAAGAGCUGGGGCAGCUGAAUAAUGGCUGUGGAAGCUUGUGUUAAUCCGAAAAUGUUUAAUAACGAGGUAGACGACGACGAUGAUGACGAGAGGCCAUUAGUUUUCAAAAGGAGUAGUAACAGUUCAGCUUCAAAUAAUAAUUCCAGGCUUAAAAUUCAAUCCAUUUCGGGUUCAAAACGGCCUGAUGAUGCCCAUUCCAAUGGGCAAAAGAAGGACAAGGGAAUGGCCCCGCCCAUGCCUGCCAAGGGAUCGGGGCGGGUGACGGGGUCAGUUAAGUCGCCGCCGCAGCAGGUGGGCAGGGGGGUAGUGGUGGGUAAUUCAAAAGUGGAGGCGCAAAAUAAAAAGGCUGAAUUGGAUAGCGAUUCUGAGGAUGAUAAACCACUUAGUGUUAGGCUUUCUUCUGGGUUGCCAAAGGGGAAGGGGAGCUCUAACAAUGUUGGUUUGGGAAGAGGGGGGGUUGGUGGUGUUAAGAAGGAAGAGGAUGAUGAUGACGAUGAUAAAAUUCCAUUGUCAUCGAAGUUCCAACUGAAAUCGGAUGAGAAGAAGCCUCUGCCUUUGAAAGUUAAUCAAAAUGGUGGAACUGAUAAGAGGGAUAAGUCUCCCACUGUGCUAAAUAAGAAGAGACCUCUAGAUGGGGUUAAUUCUUCUUUGGGUCAGUCUUCGCUGGUUAAAAAGCCAAAGAUUUCUGGUCAAUCUGCACAGCCAUUCAAAGUUACGCAUGCAACUGCAAAAGCAGAACCGAAGGUGGAAGAUGAUGACGAUGACGAUAUGCCUAUUUCCCAGAGAAUGAAGAAAUCAGGAGCUAGCUCAGGCAACAAACCAGUGCCAGCAAAGCAAAAGGUAACAAAAGUUGUUUCUUCUACUUCGUUUAAGAAAACCAAAGACAUCAAGUCCAAGAAGAUGGAGAAAAAUUCGAAAUACUCUAAGUCGACAAAAGUGCCACCUAGCUCUGGUGAAGGGCAGAAGUGGACUACCUUGGUUCAUAAUGGUGUCAUUUUUCCGCCUCCGUACAAGCCUCAUGGGGUGAAGAUGCUCUACAAGGGGAAACCAGUUGACUUGACUCCUGAACAAGAGGAGGUUGCCACAAUGUUUGCUGUGAUGUUAGACACGGACUACAUGCAAAAAGAGAAAUUCAAGGAGAAUUUCAUGGCUGAUUGGAGAAAAAUACUUGGAAAGAACCAUGUGAUUCAGAGACUGGAUGAUUGUGAUUUCACUCCUAUAUACGAAUGGCAUCUGGAGGAAAAGGAAAAGAAAAAACAAAUGAGUACUGAAGAGAAGAAGACCUUAAAAGAAGAGAAAUUGAAACUAGAGGAGAAAUAUAUGUGGGCUAUUGUUGAUGGUGUCAAAGAGAAGGUUGGAAACUUUAGAGUUGAACCCCCUGGGUUGUUCCGAGGCCGUGGGGAGCAUCCAAAGAUGGGAAAGCUGAAAAGACGGAUUCAUCCUAGUGACAUUACUAUUAAUAUUGGAAAGAACUCUCCAAUUCCUGAAUGUCCUAUACCUGGUGAAAGCUGGAAAGAAGUAAAGCACGACAAUACUGUUACAUGGUUAGCUUUCUGGAAUGAUCCAAUCAACCCAAAGGAAUUCAAGUACGUAUUUUUGGCGGCUAGCAGUUCCUUGAAGGGUCAAAGUGACAAGGAGAAAUAUGAGAAAGCAAGGAAACUAAAGAACUAUAUAAAAGACAUCAGAGCAACAUACACUAAGGAUUUUGUAAGUAAAGAUAUUACAAAGCGGCAGAUAGCAGUUGCUACCUAUCUUAUUGAUAAACUAGCUCUAAGGGCAGGCAACGAGAAGGAUGAUGAUGAGGCAGAUACUGUUGGUUGCUGUACCUUGAAAGUAGAAAAUGUAAUACCUGAACCGCCAAAUUCCUUGCAGUUUGAUUUCCUCGGUAAAGAUUCAAUUAGAUAUGAAAAGACAGUUGAAGUUGAGCUUCCUGUAUACAAGGCAAUUGAACAGUUCCGAGUGGGGAAAAGUGGUAGUGAUGAUCUUUUUGACAAGCUGGAUACCAGUAAACUAAAUGCUCAUCUAAAGGAACUAAUGCCGGGCCUCACAGCAAAGGUUUUCCGUACAUAUAAUGCAUCUAUCACAUUGGAUGAGAUGUUGAAUAAAGACACCAAGGAAGGAGAUGUUGCACAGAAAGUUGUAGUUUAUCAGCAUGCAAACAAGGAGGUUGCUAUCAUUUGUAACCAUCAACGGACUAUCUCGAAGUCUCAUACAGCACAAAUGACAAGGUUGACUGAGAAGAUAGAUGAAAUGAAGGGUGUUCUUAAUGGGCUGAAAACAGAUUUAGCUAGAGCCAAGAAGGGGAAGCCCCCUUUGAAGGAUGCUGAUGGGAAGCGAAGGAACCUGACCCCUGAAGCAUUAGAGAGGAAGAUAGCUCAAACAAAUGCAAAGAUUGAGAAAAUGGAGCGGGACAAGGAUACGAAAGAGGAUCUAAAAACUGUUGCAUUGGGUACCUCAAAGAUCAACUACCUUGACCCCAGGAUCUCGGUUGCAUGGUGUAAACGACAAGAAGUUCCCAUUGAGAAGAUAUUCAAUAAGUCUCUCCUGGCAAAAUUUGCCUGGGCAAUGGACGUUCCUCCGGAUUUCAGAUUCUGAUAUUUGCAAAUUAUGCUCACCCAACACCCCCCUCCCCCCUCCUUUCCAUUGAAAGAUAAACACAAUUUUUUUUUCUCUGUGUUUUACCUGCGGAAUAUUAAUGUUGUAUGCUAACUCUGGGGUGAGUUGCCCCCUUUCUUAUCUUUUCAAAGUGGUAAGAGGCUGCGACAAGAAUCGUCUGCUUAGACCCUUUUUCUUUUCUUUUAUAAACAUUUUCAAUUAUAUCUUACUAACAAUUUAAAAUAUUUGAGUA